AUGUUUAACAUCUGGUUUUGUUAUUUAGAUAUUAAAAGACUUUUGAGAAAUCUGCAAAUGCUCAAGAAACAUCAAUGUUUAAAAUAAAGAAAGCUAACAAGGAGGCUGGCAAAGUUUUCUUUCCCUUGGAGCAGCCCAGUUUACUUCACAGAGAAGCUGUACUUUGCAGGCAGCUACAACAGUCACAACAGACCCAGUAAGAGGUUGCACACAGCCAUGUGUAUCCUGUUCUAUUAAUAAAGGAAAUGUCAACUAAGACACUGGGGAUUAGACACAACUAAUUUUCUAAAAUGCCAUUGAGUUGAUCUUUAUCUGUAAAGCCAACACAGACGUAUGAAUAGUUAAAACGAGCUCUUUGCCUCUCAUAUUUCAGUGGGAUGAAGCCUGGUGUUUUAUUUCACACCCGUAGAACAGCAGGUCUGAAUGGCCAGAAAUCUUUAGAAAUCAUAUUUGUUGAAGCUGUUAUUUUCAAAUACUACCCAAAUUAUUAGGGUUUCUGGAGUGUAUAUAUUUUUAAUUAAAAAGCAAUUUAACUUUUGUUUAACUGGACUCUGAGGUCCACAUUCUGCCACUACCCUCCUUAAGAAGUUUGAUACCGUGCUCUCAGAGUUGCAGGUUCACAGUGGUUGGACCAAGUUGGCAUUUCCCCAAAGCACACUGGCAUUUUUGAGACUGUUUAUGAUCAAAUCAGUUUUGUCAUUCUGACAUUAGGAGUGACAAGCUAAACACAGCCCAACACUGUGGAUUCUUUUUGGUGACCCUUCUAACUUCAAGAACCAACUCUUUUGAGGACAUUUUACACUGAAUGUCCUAAGUGGUUGGUCUGUUAUGAAAAUUGAGUCCUUUAAGCCAAAUAACUAUUAUUAAAAUGGGGAAAGUUGGCUACCACACAUAUGCAGACACUAUUCUAAAAAUGUUACAUGUAUUAAAUGAUGUAAUCAUUUCAUGACAAAAGAAGAUGGAAUCAUGAAAUAGCUUUUGACUAAAAUUUAUCAAAAUUCUAAAAAGUAUUAAAAUUCUUUCUGUUGAUGCUUUAAAAUUGAGAUUAACUUUUCUGUGAUAAUCAAGAGUUUUUUACUAUUUCUGCAUGUAUAGUUUAUACUAUUUGUAGGCAUGUUAGUACUCAGACAUAUAAUUUAGCUUCUGAUUUCCUAAUCAUCUCAUUUUAAGGGUGGUAGAUGUAGAAGUUGCAGUGUUAAAUUUUUCUCAUAGUAGGUUAUUUGCAGGCAUAGGGAAAUAUGGGAGUUCUAUGUGAAAAGUACACAUUUGAGGCAUCAAGGUAAUAUAAAAAAGAAAUUUGGUAGUAGUGGCUUUUAAACUUUAUUCCUAAAUAUUACUGCUAUAUUCUCAUUAUAUAGACUACACAUUGUGCUGUCUUCUAACCUCAGCAGUCAUGUAAAAUAAUAGACUUUUGGAUUUAGUGUUUUUGAUUUCACUCUUUGUACAUGGUCUCAAAGUCCAGACAGGUACAUGGUGGUCAUUUUACUGAAGCAGGGACCUGAAGUGCUUGUAUGGCACAGGAGCAAAUCACUUUACUCAGGGAGUAAGUCCAACAGCUACUCGGCCACAGCUUCUCAGGAGACUUGAUUGUUCCUAUCAAGGUAUCACUAUAUCAUAACUCUUGUGAAGAGUAGAAAUUUGGUUUAUUUGUGAAAAGUAGUUUGGAGAAAAAGCUAAGAGCUAGGUAGUGAGUAUGAGAAGAAGUGAAAAUGUAAAAGCCUAUGAAGAGUGAUGUUUAUUUAUUUAGCCACGAUUAAGGUAUAUGACCAAGCCUGUCAUAUGCCUCACAGAGAAAUAAGAAAUGGUAUCUAAAUCUGUGCUGGGAAUGUUCUAGCCAAAGGAAAAUUGCUCAGUAAGUAAGAAAUUUUUAACAAAAUUGAAAAGGCAAUGGGAUUUUGGGGGGGGUCAUUUUUGAGAAUAAAUGGGUUUCUACCGAUCAAGCCCUUGCAACAGUGUCUAGUACAUAAACACCAUAGAAGUAUUGGCUGCUGUGAUGAUUGUGAUGAUAGUGAUGAUCAUGAUAUGACCCUAGAUGGCACCAUGGUUUGAAAGAAAACCAAGGACCACACUACAUGCAUUUCCACACAGCAAAUAUCAAGGGUCUCCCAGUUAGCUCAACUGUUAUCUCCCAGUUAAAACAAGUAUGUAAAAGUAGAAUGUUUGAUGUGGUUGUUGUUGUUGUUGUUUUUAAAGAUUUUUUAUGUAAUCUCUACAUGCAGCAUGGGGCUUGAACCCACAACUCUGAGAUCAAGAGUCACAUGCUCUACUGACUGGUCAGCUAGGUGCCCCCUUUGAUUGGUUUUAUCAAUUUAUUCCUAUAGAAGUUCUCAUAACCUAAGAAGACAAAUAUCUCUCUUACUUUUUUUAAUUAAAGAUUAUUUAUUUAUUUAUUUAUUUAUUUAUUUAUUUAUUUGACAGAGAGAGAGAGAGCAAGCCCAAGCAAGGGGAACUGCAGAGGCAAAAGGAAGAAGCAGGCUCCCCACUGAUCAGGAAGACUGACACGGGGCCCAGGACCCUAGGAUCAUGCCCUGUGCUGAAGCCAGAUGCUUAAUUAACUGACUGAGCUACCCAAGCACCCCUCUUUUACUUUUAAGUUAUCUAAGUUAGAGUCACUGGGAAAAUAUGUGUACAAUUAUAAAUAACUUACUAUGGGUAUAUAAACCAAAUGAAUUUAGAAUGUAGGUGUAUUUAAAAAGAGCUUUUUACAUAUUUUAAAAUAUUUUAGAGUUUGGUUAUUUCUUUAGGUUCUGUCUGGAAAAACCCCCUCUCUCUCACACACACAGAGAAGGCAAAUUCCUUCUCUGACCCCUAAGCCUGAGUCCAUGUUCUCUUCCUCACCAAAGCCUCCCUGGUUCUCUCAGACCCUUACACUCUUCCUUUCCCCUGCUUCUGCCACUGUACCAGAGCCUGCUUUGUUGUGGCAAUUAUACAUAUACCCAAGAUUGAAAAAAAAUUGUAUUUCUCUCUUACUGCUAGACUGCAAGCCUGUUGAGGAAGAAAGUAGGUCCUCAAUAAAUUAUGUGAAUGAAUUUUAUAUCAUUUCACAUCUGACAGUAGAAGUUAAGAGAGACCUAAUGUUUCACACAAUGCAGAUGUCAGCCAAUGGCCGUAUCAGAAAGAAAAGGUUUCUUUUCCCACCUCAAAAUGGAUUUUAAGUUCUGAGUUGAUAGCACACAGCUACAGCAGAGGAAAAUUGUUUCUGUAAAAUGUUUAUUGAGUAUCUAUUGCAUGUCAGGUACUAUGCUAUUAGCUUUCGCAUAUUUUAUAUUGUUAAAUCCUCACAAUAACUAACACCUUCAUGUAUGCUCUUGAAUUUUCCCAAUUUUCAGAUAUUGAAAUUCAGGGUAAGAGCUGCAGUAUGUUGAAAGUCACAGCAUCCCUCCUUAAUUCCAAGGAAAAGCAUUAAGACUGCCAUUGGGGUCUUGUAGAAAUUUGCCUGAUGCACCCCCUCGAUGUGGUGAAAACCAGGUUCCAGAUUCAGAGAUGUGCAACUGAUCCAAACAGUUAUAAAAGCUUGGGAGACAGCUUUCGAACGAUUUUCCGAAUAGAAGGAUUGUUUGGUUUCUACAAGGGGAUUCUGCCACCAAUCUUGGCUGAAACACCAAAAAGAGCAGUGAAGUUUUUCACCUUUGAGCAGUACAAGAAAUUGCUAGGAUACAUGUCACUGUCGCCAGCAUUGACGUUUGCCAUUGCUGGAUUAGGAUCUGGACUAACAGAAGCUAUCGUGGUUAACCCUUUUGAGGUAGUAAAAGUUGGCUUGCAAGCGAAUCGGAACAAAUUUACGGAGCAACCAUCCACGAUGAGUUAUGCAAGACACAUCAUUAAGAAGGAAGGCUUGGGACUCCAGGGCCUCAACAAAGGAUUUACAGCAACUUUGGGACGUCACGGAGUUUUCAACAUGGUUUAUUUUGGCUUCUACUACAAUGUCAAAAACAUUAUUCCUGUCAAUAAGGAUCCAACCUUGGAGUUUUUGAGAAAAUUUGGGAUUGGUCUUCUCUCAGGCACAAUAGCCUCAGUCAUUAACAUCCCUUUUGAUGUUGCCAAAAGUAGGAUUCAAGGGCCUCAGCCAGUUCCUGGAGAGAUCAAGUACAGAACCUGUUUUCAAACAAUGGCAACAGUCUACCGGGAAGAAGGGAUUUUCGCUUUGUACAAAGGCCUGCUUCCCAAGAUUAUGAGGCUUGGACCAGGUGGUGCAGUGAUGCUGCUGGUUUAUGAAUACACCUAUUUAUGGCUUCAGGAGAACUGGUGAUUGCCUAGCAAGUGUUGAGAUCAUGGAUAUUUGCCCUGCAGCACUGUGAGGAGAGACUAUCAGCUCAGUUGAUAUGAUUAUAAAUUAUAAUUAUACAAAUACGUACAGUCAUUAAGGGGAAACAAUUUAAUCAAGAACAAAACCUAUUUUGAUACUUCAGAAAUUAUCUCUAGACAAUUUGAGACUGGUUUUGGCCAUAUCCAUAAAUCUGUGAGAAGAAAAAUAGUAUGAAGUAAUGAGGUAUGUAAAUUGAAUAUAGAAAAUAGCAUAGAAAUUAGAUAUAUUUCAUAAAAGCUAUAUAAAUCUCAUGCUCUGUAUUCCUCUUACACUGAUUCACAGUGAAAAUCCAUUGUAUUGAUAAUUUUUUCCCAUGAGGUCAAGAAAUGCUUAAAGUAAUAAAAAAAUUAAGCCAAAAUUUGAACAGUUUUUAUAAGGAAUUAAAUUCUCCCAUAAAUAAUAUUUAAAAGGCACAGGAAAAUGUUUUUAAAGUACACUAAAAUGGCAUUUUUAAAAGGUUGAAUUUUAUGUUAAAAUUUAAAGCUGGUGGUGGUCUUUAGAGUAAUAAUACACAUCACAACUAUAUUUUCCCAAAACUACUUUAUAUUUUGCACUGUUGUUUAAAGCAGGUCAUAUUUUAAAAUCCAGAUACAUGAAGGUUUUUGUGGCAAAUAGAACACGUGAAAAUUUCCUUCACAUAAUUCCCUUUGAAAAUAGUUUUUCUUGCUGAAAUAGUUUCAUGUUAAAACACAGUUGGAGGGGCGCCUGGGUGGCUCAGUGG